CUUUUCGCAGUUUUAUAAUGUUGGCGGUCUAGUAUUCAUUCUCUACUUUGCAGCGACGAUGUUUAUUUUGGUGAAUUUUAGCAGCGACAGAGCAUAGGAAAGAUGAAGCGUUGCAAACUGUUUAUCAUUUCAUGAUGUAGCUCACGCAACUUGAGCUUGACGUUGACCUGCUCCGCAAGCGCCCAAGCAGAACAUGGCGGGCGGCGGGAGCGAGCCCGCGGCAGCCGAGGAUGUCUUGGGGUUUAUGUCUCCCAUGUCAGAAGUAUCCUCCGAGUUCUUGUGCACAACUACCUACUACUCCCCCUCAUCGUGCAAGAGAAAUGGUGGGAAAGAAGCCGCUUGAGCAUGAAAAAUGCACAGCCACAAGAUUCGACAUCAAAUUCGUCCUGUUGCAUCCGCUUCAUCUUCCGCGAAACUAGGAGUCUGUCAUGCAUGGUUGCGGCGAGAGGGAACAAUAACAAAGGAUGGAAUGGGUGUUUGGCAUGAGAAAUGAGAAUGAGAAUGAAUAAAUUGAGUUCGUUGUCCACUGUCAUAGAAAGCGAGCUCUGUUUUAUCGUAAGGAAAUAUCCCCCCUCCCCAUAUUGAAAACACAUUCGUCUGAAAAUUUCUGAUGCAGAUUUGAGGUCACACAUCCUGUCUGUCUUGCAAGAAGGCAAAGCCAGAGAGUCCGCCGCAUUAUGCCGGCGGUUUGUGAUGCUGUUGGGCUUACAGAGCCGACAUCUGUCAUGCUAGUCCCCUACGUCAAAACCUCUCGACCCAGGCUCGGCAUAUGCCUGCAGUCCUCUGCAGCAAGACAGACUUGAUUUGUGUACGCAAAUCCAGCAUCAGAAACUUCGCAUCUUAUGGGGAGGGGGGAUUUUUCCUUUUGAUAUGUUUCCGCGUCUCCCGGAGUCGACGGCGAAGAAACAGACGACAGCCACUCCCUUAUCCCGUGUAAAAACAUCCCCACCCCAGAGUUGUCAUGCAAUUCUGCAUGCCAAAAAAGUUUCUCAUGCGGAGCCCUAGGAGAAGCGAUUUCUAUUCGUGUUUUGGAAUUUGUGAUGCUAGAAUCAGCAUGCUAGGAUAGAUCUGUGAUGCUUCUAAACUAGCGAAAUAGGAUUACACUACGAGGACAAACUUGUCAUGCCAAACAACCAAAGCUGGUUGAUUUGUCUAGCAGAUUUCCCAUCUUGACUCUGGUGUGGGGACGCUUUUAAUCAGGAUAUCCCUAUCUGCUAUGGUACUUGUAAACACGUACGACCCAUCUUCCCGUAUUCAAGACGCCGGCUUUGCGUACAACAAGAGUCAAGAGCUUGUGGCUUAUGUGCGUGACAACUAACUUCGGGCUCAUAGUGUAGUAGUUGUGGUUAGUACGCCUGGUUGUGCAUUCCUUCGCAGCACAUCAAAUCCACUUCGUUAAGAUUGAUCCUGGGUAUUAGAGCAUGACAAAUUUGUUUCAACCAGCUUUGUAAAGAGAAAAUGUUCCUCAUGGAUUUUUCUUGGUAAUGGAGAUUUGCAUGACAAAUAAAUAUGGGAAGAUUGGUACAUUUUUACUCUGGGUAUCUGCCGAGAUCGACGCGGCACUCGCCCGUGCCGGGGACGGAGCCGGCUUUCUCGGAUACGCAUUGCAAAUAUGUCCGGGUCGGGAAGAUUCAUUGCAACUUGUCAUGACAUUCAAUAUUUGAGAAUCGCGCAAAAAUCUGUGUUGCAUGAACGCCAAAUGUUUCCCCUUCUUGCCACACAAAAAGCGAAUUUCUCAUGCGUGAUAAGAAGCUGGUGCACAAUCUGUGACCACGCUUUCUGGGUGCAUUCCAGACCAUCUUCGUUCUCCACGAGAUGCAUGACAAACCUUGCACUCUUCCCGACCCAGACAUCUUUGCCAUGCAUAUCGGAGGGAAGAGUGCAAAAAGUCCGGCCGCUGCGAAAAGUACCGCUAUGUUUUUUGACGUGGUAGAUUAAGAAUGAAAUAGCGUUAUUUACAACCUCGUUGACGAGAAGUCUAUCCGUAUCUAGUAAAGGAAGCAAGAGAAAAACCCCAGUUUCUUAGACGAUUAAAUGCAAAAAAAAAAAAAACUUGCAGAACUCUCGGAGCUGAACUUCGAGCUGACGUUGAAACCGGAAGAAUAUGCCCGGGGAAAAAGCCAGCGUACCACAUUUGCAUAAGCAAAAAUGAACUACAUUACUUUCUUUUUGCAUGGCCUACACGAAACCAUACUCUGGGGGUACCCAUGACAGAUUUCUUUACUACCUUUCGGAUGUACAAAUGUGCAGCCCUGCAGCUAGCUUUUUUCUUCGGGAUAAAGGAGCCAUUUUGAAAAGCGAAGUCGACAAGGCGGCUUUCGAGGUGCAGCUGGAGCAUGUAUCCAGGAAAAAAGCUGCGGUAGUGUAACUUUCUUGGGGUGACAGCAUCACAAAUUCGCUCUGCAUGAGAGAGAAAACCUGUUACGCAUGGCUAGAACGUGAAGAAAACCAAAACACACACAAGAACAGGACCACUUCGUGGUUGUCUGGCAUGACAAGUGUAACUGUGUUGCAUUUUGUUCAUCUGCAUCACAGACUUACACUAACACAGUUUUUUUCUUGCAUAGCAUGCGAGAUGGAUGCACAAGCAGGAACUGGAGCGGGAGCGAAAACAGAGCCAGGAGGUAUCCGAGUGCACCGAACUCUCCAACCCCCUCAUUUGUCAUGCGAACACGCAAUUUCAGUCAUUCUCAUUGCAUAUGCAUUGCAGCCAUAGCUUGCGUUACAAGCUGCAGCUGCAUCCUAAGAACAGUACUACAAUCGGAGUCCUCUAAAUUUGCCAUGCGAAUAAAGCAGCUAGAGUUCUGCCCUUGUCUGUGUUGCUGUUCCUCGUGGGCUUUAGGUUGGGAGUCGAGUUGUGCACUCUCAUACGAGGCUUUGGCCGUGCUGAAGCAGGAAAUGGACCGCAAACUGCUCACGCACUACGAAAUGGCAAGUAUGUCUUGGUCGGGAAGUAGAGUGAAACUUGUCUUGCGUGUUGGCAAAUAGAGCUUGGUGUAAAUGUUCAAGAAUGAAAUUUGUAAAGCGGGCUAAUACAGUGGCGCACGGGCAUGCGAAAGCACAAGGUUCAAGAAACUUGUCAUGCGCGGCUAGUCUGGUAACCAAAUGCGUGCGCGCGCGCGCGCAGAGCGCGCGCCGGCCCACGAAGCCGGCGCGCGCGCUCUGCGCGCUUGCGACAUUGCUUAGCAAACGCAGCGCGAAGGCAGUUGCCGUUACCAUAUAGGGCAACCGCCGGGAGCCGUGAAGGUCAGGGAAAUGGCCAGAAAUGAAGCGGGAGAAGGGAAAAAAAGCGGACCAGAUGGGAAAAUGGCCAGGAGGUCAAAAAUGUCGCAAAAAUGGCAGAAACCAAGCGGGAGAAGGUGAAAAAAGAGCAUUUUUGCGGUUUGGCCCACUUGAUAUCUGGAAAAGAGACGGACUAUUUUUUGCUCCGGCCGCUGGCCAGCUGCGUUGGAGAAGCAGGCCCGCGACCUGUUCGGAAGCCUUGGGCCGCUUCGUAAAAAGAAAAAGUUUGAAAAAAAUGGCAAAAAUUUGCUUCAUAACGUGGGUGGAAGCAAUCGUCGGAUUUUGUCCAGAUCACCCGGGCCACUUGGAAAAUGGAAAAAGAGAAAAAAAUGCGCAAAAGCGCAAUCCCUCCGCAGGCUCCAAAAUUGCCAGCCAGCUGCGGUCGGUGAAAAUGUGCAGGUCGCCCGGGCCACUUGAAAACCAGAAAAAAGAGCGAAAAUUAAAAAAAAUCAAGAACCCUCGGCAGGCUUAGAAACUGGCCACCAAGGGCGGUCCGGCGGGCGCGCGCUUGCGCCGUACCAUCGCGAUUGGGAAAAAAAAACCGCACUAGAAGCGGGCGGGGGUAUGUCACAAAAUCCCCAUUUGCCCUGGGUUGUGAGCAGAAAAGCGGCAUCUUCUCCGGGUCUGAAAUGGCCGACUUUGGUGGCCCAGCCCGGGUUCUUUGGUUUGCGGUUUUCCACAUACCUUCUUGGCCAGGAGGCCAGUUUGUCAUGCAGGGGGCUAGAAAGGAUGCCCCGCUGCGAAGGUGGAUGGCCACAUACCUUCUUGGCCAGGAGGCCAGUUUGUCAUGCAGGGGGCUAGAAAGGAUGCCCCGCUGCGAAAUAGCAAACCGGAUUUCGCCUUCAAUGCUUAUCGCAGGAGCCUGCGGGCCGCCGCGGGCGACGGUAGUUGUCCGCGGCCCUUCUCCUGCGAUAAGCUUUGAAUGCGAAUCCGGAAGCCUCCGAUGACCCGCGAUAGAUGGCGAGAUUUACUUUCAACCUAUGCGCACUAAAACUAGCAGCGUCGACUGACAUCCCACCCGGCCGCGGCCAUGUUCUGGAAGCGACACAUGUGGACCCUAGUCUACGUGUUGAUAAGGUGCGUCCGAAGCUGCUCCAGAGUGCGGGCAUCAGCGGGCCGCAGUUUGCGGUCGCGGCCCUAAAGGGCCGCGAGCACAACUGCGGCCCGCGACCCAAGAAGAAGAAGUGGGAUUCUAAUUAAAAGAAAUGGUGGUGGCAGCCGCGCGGCGAAAGCGCGGCCCGCAGGGCCGCGCUUUCGCCGCGCGGCUGGUUUGGCUUUCGCGCUGGUUAGAUUUUCGCGCACGCAUUUGGUUACCAAUAUCGCCCUCCGGGCGCGAUCUUCAUACAACACAACUUAGAUGCGUCUUUCUCAUCCGCAGUGAAGCAGCACAAGUUUUCCGACCCAGAAGUAGUCAUAUUUGCAAUGCAUACGCACUACGACAUGGCGAAGGAUUUGCAGGCAAUGAAGGCCUCGCUCGGGGACUUUUCUUUAAGUAAGUAGCUCGGCUCAUCAUUGGUUUUAACGUCUUUCCCAUGCUGCUGGCUAGUGUUAUUGGUAGUCCCGCUGUGAACCAACAACAAAGAACGCAGAUUUCAAAAACCACUACUUACAUGCAGAAAGAAACAGGAUGCACAUGGUACCAGUAGGCCACAAAGCUCUCAGGUAUGAAAGACACUAACAGUAGUUAUUGUUGAAUGGCACAACUAUAAAGAAGUUGUAUAAAAAACAUCACCACUACAUCUACACGCGACAGGUGAAAAAAACUACGAAGAGCUUCGAACACGGAAGGAGGAGGCGCUGAGUCUCCGCGAGUACGUGUUGUUUCGCGUGUACGAGGGGAAAAAGUCGAUGCAGCAGCGGUUGAGGCUGCUGGAGCAGGAGAAGGAGACUGCGGUCUCCGAGGGAAUGCAGCUGCAAUUGCGUCUGGAGCGAGCGGUAUCGAUGAAGAUUCCAUGAAUAGAUUUUGUGUCCACCUCGUGGACAAACCGAACCAAAUUCACAGAGAAGAUGUUGACAUUCCUUUUCGAAAAUACCGUACACCUACAGGAAGCCGCCGUGAAGCGGCUGGAGUAUCAAGUGCAAUCGUGUCUGGGUCUGGAAGAAAGCUGAUCUUGAAGGUCCUUAUUUCUAUGAUCGAAAGUCAGCAUGACAAAGUCUACUUUUUCGAGACCCAGAUCGAUAAAUUUGCACUCGAUAUGAAGCAGGCCAAGACAAAUUCCUCGUCCGACUACGAGCGGCUGCAAGCGUACUGAAAGAAAAAAGUGUGUUUUAGUCAGUGUAUGUCUCUGCUCAUGUCGGAGAUGCAAGACAGCUUACACUAAGCAUGCAUCUCGUUGUGCAUGAUUGUAGGGAUAGGGUACUACACUAAAGGCACAUUUUUUCUUUGAUAAAGCGGAGUCCCGGGCGCAGAUCGCGAGGUUGACGGACGAAUUGAACGAGCUGCAGCGGACCCGGGACAGCGUGGACGCGCGGGGCCGAGACUUGCAGAAGAUGGAGCAAACCAACUGGCGGCUGGAGGACGAAAAUAGGCAGUUGAAAGAGAACGCCAGAAGGAGCGAGGAGAGAGAAACGAACUUGAAGACCGACAAUGUGAAGCUGCUGGACAUCCGACACGACCUGGAUCUGAAGUGCACGAUGUUUUCGCAGCAGGAACUUACCUACCAGAAACAAAUUACGAGUCUGGAGACCACGAACGAGCAGCUGCGCAACACAACCGAAGAAUUGGAACGAAAGGUCACGAGUUUGCAGGAGAAAAAGCGGCUCUUAGUGCAGCAAGUGGAAGCGACGGCAAGUAAAGACACCUUCGACUUGCAGGAGCGCAUCGACGCCGAGGUGAACCGGCUGCGCCAGCUAUCAUAUGCAAAAACGUCCCCACCCCAUAGUCAAGUUGAGAACGUAGCAACACAAAUGCAGAAGUCUUGGGAGCCACGCAUGACAAGUUGCGGUCCGUAGUGUAGUCCAUAUUAGCAAGGGCAGCCGCAUAACAAAUCUAUCUGCCUAUCUUGUUUGCAGCAUUACAAAUGCCAAAACACGAUUGGACGCGCCUCCCUUGGGGACGCGCAUUACAAAUGUUCCUGCAAUUGCAAAUCUGCAUGACAACUAUGGGGCGGGGACGUUUUUACAAAUAAUACCAGCAGAUGGACGCGGACACGGGGAAGAUAAAGCAAAACCUCAUGGAGUAUUCCGAGUAAAAACGUCCCCACCCGCCCAUGGGAGUUUGUCAUGCUAGAAUCACGAUGAUCUGAUCAACUUGUGAUGCGGCUUUAGUACACCAGCUGUACUUACACGAUAAUUACACUGUAACCCAAAACUUGUCAUGCGUAGCAGCCAAAUCGCAUCGAUUUGUGUAGCGAAAUGCCCAUGUUGCCUCCGGGUAGUUGGGGACGCUUUUACACACGAUAUGGAGCUCCACGCGAAGGAGUGCGCGAUCCUGAAGGAGAGGCUGGAGUACAUCGGUGGCGAGAAGGAGAAGCUGUCCGAGAAGUUAUCGUGUGGAAAAAAAACUGAUUUAGUACCCAUAUUUAGUGCUACUACUACUUACGUAAUACUUACGCCAUGUCAGUCAACAUGGUAAUUUUGCAGCACAAAGCAAGACCUUUUGGCUGUUGCGCAUGACUACAAAUUUGGACUCGCAGCGUCAAGAUCGUGAUGAGCUAGUUCUGCUGCUGCUGCUCUCAUUGUGAAUCGAAUAUUUAUAUGCUUCUCAAUCUCAUGGCGUCCCAGCACGCGCAGCGCCUAUCACUUCGAGUGACAGCACUAGCAUGCUUGAAAGCCGGGAGACUGACACCCCGGGCAUGCAGAUUUGUCUGGCACGGGUAAAAAUAUCAUGUGGCGUUUGCGCACGAUAGAAGCUGAUCCAAGAGGAACACGUGAAGGAGCAGCUGCAAGUGGCUUUGGCGAACACCCGGCAGCAGCUGUCUACGGAAAUCGCGGAGCUGAAGGGGGUGAUAUGCAUCGCAAAUAUGUCUGGGUCGGGAAAGACUGGGAAUUGUGAUGCUAGCUGUCGAUCACACAAAAAUCUGUAUUGCAUGAGAGGCAAAACAAAGGCACUCAGUUGCCACUCAAAGAGGGCAUUUCUCAUGCAGAAUUAGGCACGAGCAAACCUUUGCAAAAGCUCAAAGCUGUGAUGCUAGCGAAUGCAUCAGAGGCAUCGGAGGCCAUCAUGUACAACUUGCAUGACAAACUCCCCAAUAAAUCUUCGAGACCCAGUAGACAUAUUUGCAUUUGAUAGGUGAGCCGGCUGCGCAACUUCGAGGUGGAGAAGUACUCGCUGAGUUACGAGGAGACCCUAUCCUGAGGAAAAACGUCCCCACACCAGAGUCAAGAUGAGAACUCUGCAACACAAAUCCAGAAAUCUUGGGAUUUACGCAUGACAGGUUUGGGCUCCCAAUGUAGUCGAGUUUGGAUAGCGCAGUGGCAUCACAGAUCGAUCAUCUUAUCCUGAUUAGAGCAUCACAAGUUCUUCCCGAAUAGCAUUAGAAGAAAAUGAUCGCCCUCAUGGGCAUGCGCAGGAGAAACAUUUUAGGUAUGCAGUUUUGCAUUACAACUCUGGGGGUGGGGACGACGUUUUUGCAGACGAUAAACCCUGCAGUCCCUGACGAAGGCGUCCGAGGAAAACGGAAUUUUGCGGGAGAAAGUGGACCUACUGAAAAAGGAAUACUACGAGCUGGAAAACCGGUUGCAGAAGCAGUUCGCCGCGACGGAAGCAGAGAACGUGUCGCUGAAGGAGCAGCUGAAGUGCUACACCGACAUGGAGCGGGAGCUCUCCGGGGCGCUGCGGGAUAUCAGCAGCCACCGAUCGGACCAGAAUCCGGUUCCGAGUUCCGUGGAGGACGCGCUCAUCCUGGGCACCACGCUGGCCGGCGCCCCCAGCCAGGCACGCAAGCGGAUCCAGGAGUCGCUCGUGCUGGCGCAGCAGCUGCAGCGCAAGGGGAAGGAGGUGGCGGAGUUGAAGGGGCUGCUCGCGGCGGAAAAGGACCGGGUGCACCAGCUCGAGAAGGCGCGCACCUUAUUACAAUGAAAAAUGCCCCCACCCCCAAAGUUGCAAUAAUUUGUGAUGCGAAGUUUCCAAAUGAAAACUUUUUGUCAUGCAUGAAAGGAGUACGAAUCAACCUCUCUGAUGCAGAGCCUAGGCGUAUAUCGCAUCGCUUGCAUGACAAGCGCCGCUUUUGCUGGGGUCUUUUGCAAUACAAAUUCUUGCUAUUCACGAUCGGACAUCUGUGAUGCUGGUAGAUGCAAGAGGGCGAAUGUUUCAUUUGGAAAGGUUUGCAAUACAGAUGCUCUCAAGAUGGGUGGUGGUGCCAUUUUUCAUUGUGAUACACCUUGGCGGAGCAGGCCGCGGAGUGGCGAGACGAACCGAGGCAGUACUUGGUGCAAACGCUGCGGGACAAGGAGGCGGAAGUCAUAGACUUGAAGCGGUCGCAGGACGUCUUGGAACGGGAAUACGAAAAUUUGAAAACCAAGCACUUGGACCUGCAGGAGAGGAGUACUGUUUAGUUUUUCCAUAUUGUUGUUCGGAGCGUCGUACUUAUUGGCUUUGAAAAGGGUAGUUCUACAACAACUCGUUGUUUAUCGUUUCGAUUUUCACGACCUACGAUUUUCAGUUGUGUUUUACAGGCCGACACUAUCGCACAAAAUGAUCGCAAAUUCAUAAAACUUUCCUUCCACAAGGUGCUGAACUCGAGACGGAUUUGAAAUCCAUCCUCACCCAGCGCGAGCAGCUGGAGUACCUGAAGGCAGCUACCCCGGACUUCACCGGCACCAGGGGUGCUAACAAACUCGGCUCCACGACUCUGAGCCACAACGCGACGCUACCGCCGCGGCUCGCUUGGAUUGACUCUCUGCGAAAUCGCGCGGACAGUGCGGGGCAUUAGGAGGCCUCAUCGUGUUGUUUCACGAGAUGAGACAAGAGCUUCGAAUCAUGGGAUCAGUCCGUCCGUGCGGACGGAUGGGCUUUUUGACUUCGGGCCGCAAGUUGCUACUGUUCCAAACCAGAAGCAUAUUGAAAGCAAGAGGAAGAAAUUAGAACCUAGCACUAUCGUAGUUCCAGUAAAAAUAAUUCCAAACAGAAUCACCAAGCUCGCGGCACGGUGUGCGGUUAAAAGAAGAUAAAUGCAAAAUGGGCCCCGUUGACGUUCUCGCAUGUGACGUCUUCAGUGGGCCCGGGAAGUCGCAGAAAUAGUCUCCCUUGCAGGGGGCUGCAGCGCUAUUUCAAGUAUGAACGUCGCGCAAAGUAAUGAACCGGAUUGAUGUUGUAUGCCUGAUGGUUUUUUUCAAAUGAACCGAGCUAC